AUGCGAGCUCCAAUUGGUCGUAAAACUCGAUUAACUUACAUCAUACAUUCUUAUGAUAGUCUAUGUAUUUCCAGGACUACUUCGCCUCCUGGCGAGCCGUUAGUUCGUGCACCAGCGGGAAAGCCUCGAUGUCCGCCGGCUAUAUCCAGGCUGAGGGUGGAAAAGGUGGAAGGGGGACUGGCAGUAGCUGGUGUGGUUGUUGCAGCCAACUGCCAGAUAGUACUCCCUAUAUUCGGCUUCCUUUUCAUGCUUGUUGGAUGCGUACUAACUGCGGCUUCGUAUCGUGGUUGCGGUGAGAAUGAGGAGCCCGACCACUAUGCGGCUCGGAUCGCCUUCACUGGGAACUCGCGCGUGCUCGGACCGGUCUGCAUCGUCGCUGGGGCCAUCAUGACCUUAGCUGGUAUCGUGCUAUGUAUGCUGAUGAGAGCGGCACAAAAACGACAACGAAGACUCGCCUUCCACUGUCCUAUACACGGUGACUUCUAUCCACUCAGCCCACAAAAUAGCAGGAAAUAUACACGUAGUCCACGCGGCCUCUGGAGAUGGUUGCGUGGUUGGUUGGGCAUGGUAGAGGAAGGCGAGACUCCUCGCUGUCCCCGCUCAGUGGAGCCCGCCUCGCCAGCAAGAGCAGAUGCCCCCUGCCCGCCCCCAUUACCUUUUCUCGUCCCUAGCGAUUCUGUAGUAGGGAUGGCGUCAGUGCUGGGUGUGCCAUUAAGUCCAGAACAAACUUUCGGCUCUAUUAAAUCACUGGCUAUCUCGCGGGAGGUGGCCAGCUUCCCAUUGUCACGAUCGCCGACUCCACCGCCUCUUAGCUAUCCACCGUUCAAGGAUGAGUCUAAAACAAUCGAGAGCAUCCCAAAUGCUGUGUCCCACACGGACUUCGAUUGCGGGUCAACGACUUGCAACUACCGCGUUGUUGAAUGCAAGCUAACAACUACGAACGAACUGUGCCGUAGUGCUCAAAACCCACGUACCACACAGACAGACCAAAAACAAAGACCGGCCACAGUGUGCAUUGUCAUACCAGACGAAGGCAAGGGCUAA